UGGCGCCACCUACGAACAUUAUCGCCCGUGUUUCUCAGCAUAUUUCCGUGCGAAGCUUUGAGGAAGGAUCGUUCCUGUUAUCGUUCAACGCUGUUAUCACUUGGAUCAAAUAAAAAUACAGUGUUAUAAUGAAGACACAGAAAUGGGAGGAACUGGAUGUACGAUUAAGCGAUUCUGUGUUAAAAACACUCAAGAAAUUGAAGUUUUUCAACAUGACACCGGUUCAGACAGCUUGUAUACCAUUAUUAUUGAGCGGUAAAGAUGUAGCAGCAGAAGCUGUUACAGGUAGUGGGAAAACACUUGCUUUUCUUGUUCCUCUGUUGGAAAUAUUACAGAAAAGGCAAGAAAAAUGGAAAUCCAUGGAGGUAGGUGCAAUAAUAGUCAGUCCAACAAGAGAGCUAGCUACACAGAUUAGUGAAAUUUUGGGAGAAUUCUUAAGAAGAAUUCCAUCACUGAAGCAAGUACUACUGGUUGGAGGUACAACACUUCAGGAAGAUGCAAAGAAAUUGAAGAAAGGAGUGAAUAUUAUUGUCGCCACACCUGGUAGAUUGGAGGACAUUCUAUCUAAUUGUACUUCUAUACAUUUGAGCUUAUGUGUAAAAUCUUUGGAACUUCUUGUAUUGGAUGAGGCAGAUAGACUGUUGGAUUUAGGUUUCUCUGCAAGUUUAGACAGUAUAUUAAGUUAUUUACCACGUCUCAGAAGAACAGGGUUAUUUUCAGCAACGCAGACAAAAGAGUUGCAACAGCUGAUUAGAGCUGGAUUAAGAAAUCCGGCAUUAAUCAUCGUAAAAGAGAAAUCCAAUAUUUCGACACCUGUUAACUUGAACAAUAAUUACAUAAUUGUCCAACCUGAGUACAAAUUGUCGGUAAUGAUAGAUUUCAUACGCUCGAAGGGAUUUCAGACAAAGUACAUGAUAUUCUUAUCCACUUGUGCGUGCGUAGAUUACUUCAGCCAAAUCAUAAAGACAUUGUUACCAUUGAUAGAUAUAUUUGCUAUACACGGCAAAAUGAAGAGCAAGAGAUACCAAGUGUUUAACGAGUUUCGAAACGCCAAAAGCGGCAUUUUAAUAUGUACAGAUGUAAUGGCUCGUGGAAUCGAUAUAUCCGAAGUUAAUUGGGUGUUGCAAUACGACCCUCCCUCCACAGCCAGCAGUUUUGUGCACAGAUGUGGUAGGACUGCUAGGAUCGGCAAUGAGGGGAACGCGUUGCUAUUUCUCCUAGAGACCGAGGACGCGUAUGUAGAUUUCAUCAAGAGAAAUCAAAAGGUGGAGUUGCACAGGAUAGAAAUAGAGCCGUCUGAGGAUACCAUGGAAGAAUGCUUAAAACGUAUGAGGGCUCUGCAACAGGAGGACCGGCUUAUGUUUGACAAAGCGAACCGCGCAUUCGUUGCGUAUGUACAGGCGUACAGUAAGCACGAGUGUAGUUUAAUUCUCCGAUUGAGGGACAUCGACUUGGGGAAACUGGCGAUGGGUUUCGGGUUGUUAAAAAUGCCGAGGAUGCCGGAGCUCAAGGGGAAGAACGUGUCGUUUUUCAUUGGUCCCGAAAUCGACGUGAACACGAUAGCCUACGCGAACAAGCAACGCGAGUCGCACAGGAUGGAAAAAUUAACGAAGUAUCGAAAUACCGGCGUUUGGCCGAAUAACCACAAGCGCAGGCAGAAGCAGACUGAAUCAUGGUCGGAAGCCAAAAGGAGGAAACUUGAGAAGCAAGAGAAACGAAGCAAACGGAAGGAGAAGAAGAAACUGAAGCAGCAGCUCUUGACAGUCUCCGGUAAGAAAAGGAGGAAGCGAAUAAACGAGGAAGAUCUCGAGGAUUUGGCGAAGGAUAUAGCUUUAAUGAAGAAAUUUAAAAGAAAAAAGAUCUCCCAGGAAGAGUUUGAUACAGCUUUUGGAAUCUGAAGAUACCGGUUGCGAAUACUCGACGAAUAUACGAGCCACGUAUGAGAUGAGCGAAUGGAAACUCACAUUGAUAAUUUUGUAUAUACACAUAAAUUUUUUUAAUUUUUGUUCCAAAUAUACACCAUUACACACGCCACUCAAUUUACCGACUGGUAAAUAAACGCACCUCGUUUUCAUUUAUUUCAA